AUGAUCGGCGGCUUCCUGGGGGCCGGCAAAUCUACCGCCGUGGGCCGAUUGGCUAGGCGUCUGCACGACCAAGGGCUGAAGGUCGGCCUGAUCACCAACGACCAAGGGCGUGGGUUGGUGGACACCCAGAAGCUGCGUCAUCUGGGAUUCUCGGUUGAAGAGAUCGCCGGUGGCUGCUUCUGCUGUCGUUUCGACUCCUUGCGCGAUGCCGCCGAAAAGCUCACCGCCACCGAACGCCCCGAUAUCUUCCUGGCUGAGCCCGUGGGUAGCUGCACGGAUUUGGUGGCCACGGUCAGCUAUCCCCUGCGACGGCUCUACGGCGAUCAAUUCGACGUCGCACCGUUGACCGUGCUGAUGGAUCCCGUCCGCGCUUCUCGCAUCCUGGGGCUCGAAGAGGGGCGCAAGUUCUCGCCGAAGGUCAGCUACGUCUAUUUGAAACAGCUGGAAGAAGCCCACGUGCUGGCGAUCAACAAGAUCGAUUUGAUCGACGCCGAGCGCCGCGCCAAAUUGCGUGAAGAGCUGAGCCGACGGUGGCCUGAAAAGGAAAUCUUCGAGGUAUCGGCCCAAGAAGGGGAUGGUCUCGAAGACUGGUUCAAAUAUAUCGAGACCAGAUCGAUCCCUUCCGGUCCCACCAUGGAGGUGGACUACCAGGUUUACGCCGAGGGCGAGGCCCUGUUGGGCUGGCUCAACGCCACCCUCCGGCUGGACUCGACGGAAGAAAUCGACG